UUUUUGUUUAGUUUCCUUCUUAUGAGCUAACCUUAUAUAAACAAUAGAUCUCAUCUUUUUUGCUCAGUGAAUUGAGUUUAGUUUCUAUUUUACUCAGUGCUCUUCCUGUGAAGUGAUUUGGAAAGAUUCAACCAGUUGAGGAAGGAACUUAUGGUGAUUGGUUUUUUAUCAUAGUAUGUUUAGGUGUUGAGUUCUUGAUCUGGUCUAAUUAUCCUUAAAUGUUACAUUGUUUUCAGGUCUUAUCUGUUUACAUUGUUUGACAUAUGAUUCUCUUGGAUCUCUAGUUAGAUAUUGGUGUUAAAACUAGCUUGGGUUGGAAGGAACUAAAAGAAAAAAAAUGGAGGAAGUUGAAGCAGCUAGCAAACUAGCUAUAGAAAGCUGCCAUGGAGUCUUGAGACUCUUUUCACAACAGCAAACCAGUUGUGAUGCCAAAUCUCUCAUGGUUGAAACAAGAGAAGCAGUUUCCAAGUUCAAGAGAGUAGCCUCUCUUUUAACCAAGAGGUCGUCAGGUCAUGGGAAGUUCAGAAGAAUCAACAACAAGUUUAAGCCAUCUUUUCCUCAACAUAUCUUCUUGGAGAGCACUGUUUGCUGUUGUAAUGAUACUGAUUACACUCAAGUUCUUGCACCAGAGCCUCUUCAGAUGGUUCCAGCUUCUGUUGCUUCUUAUGAUGAGAUUGACCCAAGACACCAACUGAGUCACCCACUUAGCCAAAAAAUGUGUGCUGAGAAGCCGUUCCUGGAGUUAAAGCCACCGCCCUUUCUAGCUCCUUAUCAGUUAAUAGCAUACUCUAGGAGCAAUAGCGGUGGUGUAAAUUUGAAGUUUGAUGGUUCUGGUAGUAGUUUCUAUACCCCGAGUGCAUCAAAUGGAUCAAGAUCGUUUGUAUCAUCUCUUAGUAUGGAUACUAGUGUGGUGGACUACGAUGGAAACUCGUUCCAGUUAACUGGAUUAUCCAGGAAGAUGUGCUCUGGUAGUUUGAAAUGCGGAACUCGAAGCAAAUGUCAUUGUUCCAAGAAAAGGAAACUUAGGGUGAAAAGAUCAAUCAAGGUACCUGCAAUCAGCAACAAGAUUGCAGAUAUUCCUCCAGAUGAGUACACAUGGAGGAAGUAUGGUCAGAAACCGAUAAAGGGCUCACCGCAUCCACGGGGAUACUACAAGUGCAGCAGUGUGAGAGGUUGUCCAGCGAGGAAGCAUGUGGAGCGAUGUAUAGACGAAACUUCGAUGUUAAUUGUGACUUACGAAGGUGAGCAUAACCAUUCAAGAAUACUGUCUUCACAAUCAGCUCACACAUGAUGAAAGAGAGUUAGUCACUACCUGUCCUUUUUUGCGUCUACUCUUUGAUCGAAGAAGAAUGAUUUGGAUUCAAGAAACUGGUCUUUGUAAGUGUAGCUGUGGUUUGCAAUUUGUAUAUUUUACUUGAAAUAUAUGCGUUUAAUAUCAUUUUGUGAACUCUCGGAUUCUGUGACAGUACCAACAAGCAUUUAAC